ACUGUGUGCAUUAUGGUUAUUUAUCUAAUUUAUGUCUUUGCACUUUCUGUAAGUUAGGCGGUGUACUGUUUUUGUAUUGAUUACAUAUCAAAUCACAAAUCAGAGUAAAAAGAUAGCAAGACAGAGUAUAGAGAGGAAACAAGUUGGGUAAAAAGAAAAGUAUGAAAAACAUGACACAAAGUGUAAAUACAUGCAGGUUUUGCUUUAAAGGGUAUGUGAAGGGCUCUGUGUUACCAGACUGACUAUGUAGAGAACUGAUGGAUUGGUAUGGCUGUUUGCUAUUUGUUUACUGACAUGGUGUAAAUGUACAUAUGGUUUUAGGUCAGAGGACUUUAUUUAAUGCCAAAAUCAUUGUGCUUCUUUUGAAAUAUGUCUCAUCAUCAGCAGCCAUAUUUCCUACUAAUUACUCUGAUCCCAUCGAAGCCCAGUAACAGGAGCAAUAUUCAGAUGAUCCCCCUGCCAUUGUUAUAUCAUCACACGUUUGGCUAUUCUCACUAAAGCAUUAAAAUGUAAGCGUUACAUUAACGCUGUCGCUGGUUGAAGUGAUAUAGUCCUUAGUAGUUCAAUCUAUAAUUAGUAGUUUGUAGAUGUUAUGUUCCCAUUUACAUCUGCAAUUUUGUGAAGACAAAGUGACAAAAUGAUGAAGUAAUGUGACUUAAAUACUGCCCUUGGGUAAAUACACAUUUAAAUUUCUAAAAAAAAAUGGGGCAUUUAUAGACAAAAGCAAUCAAACACAUUUUACUUAAAGGGGGGAGGUUGCACAGGUGAUUGUGUUGCUGUAAAAUAAAUAUGAUGUAUGAUAAAUGCACGCUGACUAUCAAACCUGUGUAUGUUGUAUAAAAUGAAGUCUCCACUGAACCCAGCACUGAAUCCAACUCCAACUCUAUCUCAGUUCCUUCCUGUCUUUAACCCUGAGGGGUGUUGCUUCCGGAGUUACUGGACACAGAAUCUACUUCAAUGCUUUUAGUCUGGCGACGUUAUAAGAUGAUCUUCUGUGCGACAUCAUGGACUUCCUCAAACGGCCAAUGAUUAUCAUUAUUUUAAUGUCAGUUAUUUUAUUAUUGUUUUUAAAGGCAGGGUGUGGCAUGAAGCAGGCAGGAAUCUGUAGGCCUGUUUGUACUGGUGGGGACUGUAUUACUGUUAACCAGGACAGAGUUGACUUCAGAACAGCUGAGACAGCAUGUCGAGAUAGGAGAGGAGAACUACUGACAUUUGAUCCUGAGACAGAUGGGAGCUUCCUCCACACUUUGAGUCGGGAGUUGUCUGGAAACUUCUGGAUCGGACUGCGUUUACCAGCUAGCACAUGUAGCAACCUCUCAUCUCCACUCAGAGGCUAUGAGUGGAUCUCUGGUAGCACACAGAAGAGCUUCAUCCCAUCCUCCGACACCUGGAAACACAGCACUGAAGUCUGCUCUCCGCACUGUGUGUCACUUUCAAACGAUCAAAAGUGGACAGAGAGACUGUGCUCAGAGGAAACUGAUGGAUAUCUGUGCAGAACACAGCACAAAGACGCGUGCCGGACACAGGAAUUAUCAGAUCCAACUUUCUUCCGAAGCUCUGAAGGCUGUUCAACAGGCCCUUGUGAGCAGGAUUGCAAGAAUGUAAAAGGAGGCUAUAUAUGUUCUUGCUUCACAGGAUACAUCCGAGACAGCAAAGACCCCAGGCAGUGCAAAGUGCACUGUGGCGAGAGGAAAUGCCCAUGUGUAGGACAUAGUGUGGACCAGUGCUUCUGUCCUGAUGGCUACAUCAAGAACUUGAGUUUCUGUGAGGACAUCAAUGAAUGUGAGGAACGGCCUUGUGAUCAGGAGUGUAGAAACGCAUUAGGAUAUUUUGAGUGCUACUGCAGAGAAGGAUUUGUAAUUGAAAAAGGAUACCAAUGCGUCAAAGCAAAAGACAGAAAGAUUGAUUUCACCACGACUCCUGUAACCGUGCGUGCUACCAAACCCGCUGUUGAUAAUAACCUGAAGACGUCCUCUGCACCUGCUGGAGGGUUUCUCUGGGUAUGGGUUUUUGCUGCUGCGGCUGUGGUGGUGUUAAUCUGUGUGGUGAGGUUUUAUGUUGUGAGGCGUCAGAAGCGCAGAGAACAAAACUCCACUCAACAGUCCCCUGCUCCUGUGGAUGAUAAUGAGUGUUAAUGGUGAGUCCACCAGAUUUAAGUUUUUAUUUUCUGAAUAGUGCACCGUAAGAAAUUUACGUGAGGAAAUAUGUUAACAUGGAUACAUUUUAAAUGAGAGCAGACAUAUGCAUCAUUAAAAUAACAAUAAUAACGGGAAAGAAUAUUUUGAAAAUCAAUUAUUAUUAUAUAAUUAUUAUUAUAUAUUAUAUUCAGAUUAAGUGAAUUAAUACAAAUAUAAGCAAUUCAAUUCAAAAACUGUUGGAUAAUUUGCAGUAGUUAACUGUGUUAUGAAAUGGUGAUCAAAUCUGAUCAACUGGAAAUCAUCAAGGGUUAGUUCAUUAAAAUGACCCUGAAAUAAAUGUACCAUGUUUCUUAUGGCAUUUACAGUAAAUAGAGUAAUCAUUUGUAUAUGUGCAUAUCCAUUCAAUUUAAUGUAAGAUGUGAGUAUUGACAUAAAUGUUCUUUAACCCUAUUCCUAAAUGGAACACAGAGGAGGUGACUGUACACGUGGUCAUUCAUGAGACAUGUUAAAUAAUUAAAAUCUGAAUUAACGAAUCAAUGCGCUAUUUCCUUCAUCAUGCAUGCUCUUAGAGCGCCAUCUACCGUUUUGCUCAACAAAUUGCAUUAACAGUUAUCAGUUUUAGCUUGAAAGAAACUUUGCUUGAUCUUUUUGUUUGGCUACCUGCUGAAUGAACAGUACUUACUUCAUGUUUUGUAAGCAACCAGUUUUAUGAAGAAAAGUGGACAAGUUGUAGACAGAAAAUAUAUAUGUGUGUAUUAAAACAAUUUUCCAUUGACCCUCA